AUGACCGACGUUCACGAGUAUGUUACCAUUCCAUGUCCCACGACAAAUGCCAAAGAUUUACUCCAGCAAUUUCUCACAGAGCUCCCGGACGAAUUCUUCUGUGUUACGGAAAAAGAAGCUGACUCGCAACUCAAGUCCCAUAUGAUAUCCCUAUUGGGGAGUGAAGAGUUGUUUGAGGAAUUACAAAAGGAUUGCGACCUAGACAAUUUAUACGUAGAGGACGAGUUUCACACUCUGGACGAAUUGCUUCAUGUUUUGCCAGAUCGAGCGAGUCGCCACUUAGAGCCACUCAAAACGCUGGAGGCCAUUCCAAAGGACCUUUCUGAAAAAGAUAUUGAGAAAAAUUCACUGGGCAUACGAAGCCGCUUUAGGAGACCCCUCGUGGAUAUGGGAUAUCUGAACUCGCCAGAUGGUCUCUUUGACUGUGGCUUGCCAAUUCAAGACGUUGUUCUCACGGUAUUCGUAUACCGACCUAUCGCACUCAGCGUCGUCGACUGUAGUAAUGCUCCCUGGACAAUGGUGAUGGAACAGCGAAUUGAAAUUUUGGGUUCUCAGAUGUUAAGCACUUUGCGGGAUGCGAUAAAGUGUCCUCAGGAUAUGAUCUAUUUGGGUGACUGUUCAGAAGCUAUCGACAAUCCGGAUGUGCAUAUUCCUGCCCGGGCCAUGUAUCCUUCUUCCUACUUUUUUAUUGAAGGAGUCUUUUACGAUGAUUUGCGCGAUCCCAGAGCCACCAGAUUGAGCACCCCCGUCAUUGAAUGGCAAGAAAAUCGUAAGGAGAGGGUUACUGAGACCUAUUCUGCUUCUACCAUGGCUGAUCACGUGUUGGGCGACCUUACUGUUACGCUAGGAAAGCCAUAUCUUUUCCUACACCAAGGGAACUGCGAACACAUUAUUAUCUUCACCACGAUGAGGUUGACCGACCGGACCUGCGCACAGUCCGUGUCGGCCUAUCCCAAGUGUACGGGAAAGGCGCCGCAAAAGCGGAUGUCAUGUGAGGCGUGUAACAGCCUGCGGGCGCAGUGGCUGGUGCACGACGCCGGCGACUUGCUUCCCAAGGAUCCCACCAUGCUCUGCAUCACCUGCCUGCGCUACCUCCUUUACACUCCUGACGGCGAGAAGAUCCAUCCUCGCUUCCGUAUGUCCGAUUUACAUGAGCUUUCUGUGAACGCGGAAGUGUUCGGAAUUCUGUACGAAAUCUCAAAGGAGCUAGGCACUGGUUUGAGUCAGGAGGAACUCCGAGCAUCGCUGCGACUCAUAGAAAAUGGUGCUGAUCCCACGGCCCUAGCCCUAGUGGUGAAACAGCUCAAAGAAGAAGUGAGGAGAAUGAAGGCAGAGGCGGCCGGCGCGCAGGACAUUCCUUAG